AUGGCACCCUCGCACAUUUCAUUUCUCCUCCUAGUUCUACUACUAGCCAACAAAGUUGUAGCAAAGGUUCCGGCAGUCAUAGUGUUCGGAGACUCCUCCGUCGAUGCUGGGAACAACAACCAGAUUCCCACCAUUGCCAGGAGCAAUUUCCAGCCUUACGGCCGUGAUUUCACUGGUGGCAAGCCAACUGGGAGGUUCUCCAAUGGUCGAAUACCGACGGACUUCAUCUCCAAAGCUUUCGGACUCAAACCGACCAUUCCGGCUUACUUAGAUCCUUCCUACAAGAUAUCAGAUUUCGCCACUGGUGUCACAUUUGCUUCUGCAGGCACCGGCUAUGACACUGCAACUUCAGAUGUGCUGUCUGUAAUACCACUAUGGAAGCAGUUGGACUACUACAAGGAUUACCAGUCUAAACUGAGAGCUUACCAGGGAGGAAAUGAAGCAAACGAAACAAUCAAAGAAGCUCUACACAUGAUGAGCUUAGGAACCAAUGACUUCCUGGAGAACUACUACUCCACAUUUCCACCAUCAGGCCGAUCAUCCCAAUACACUACCUCCCAAUACGAAAACUUUCUCAUCGGAAUAGCAGGUAAAUUCGUGAAGGAACUUUACCAACUCGGAGCUCGAAAAAUUUCCAUCGGAGGACUACCACCGAUGGGGUGCUUGCCAUUGGAGAGAACUAGCAAUAUCAUGGCUGGAAGUGGCUGCAUUUCGAGUUAUAACGAUGUGGCUCUGGAGUUCAAUAACAAGCUGAACAACUUGACCGUAAGCCUCAAUAAGGAGCUUCCUGGGAGCAGAGUGGUGUUCUCAAAUCCUUACUUCAUUUUCCUGCAUAUGAUAAGAAAGCCUUCUUCAUAUGGUUUCGAGGUGACAUCCACUGCUUGCUGCGCCACAGGAAUGUUCGAAAUGGGGUACGCAUGCAACCGAAACAAUAUGUUCACAUGCUCUGAUGCAAACAAAUACAUCUUCUGGGACUCCUUCCAUCCUACGGAGAAAGCAAAUCAGAUCGUCUCUGAUCACCUGCUCAAGAAUGUUCUCGCCCAGUUCCUUUAA